UCAGCAUGUGGUGCAUCAUCUCAUGAAUGGACGACGUGUUAGAAUAGAACGUAGCUCCGGUUAAAAUGCACGGUGCCGUUUAAAAGAAACAAAGCCCCCAAAACAUCUUCCGUGACGUUACAAGAAACGACGUCGUUACGAACCUGCCACCGCACACGCAAAUUUGGGAAACUUCAAAGUUAAAACCCACCUAACAACCACCACCGACCACCGCGUUCAGCUACGACGCUUAUAUUUUAUAAUUUUACUUUUGGGGGGCGAGGCUAUGUGAAAAUGGAGGAAAUUGAAGGGUUCAAUUGUGGUGAAAGUAAGAGCCCCAUUGAUGGUCGACCUCCGAAUCCACCUUCUUCUGCUGCCUCUGCCUUUCGCCAAUGCCAUCACAACAAGAAACCCCUUGUUCGCCAUCCUUCUCUUCAGAUGAUGACAAAACUUUCUGAUGUAUCCGUUGAACCGGAGCGUGCCACUGAAGAUUGUCAAUCUGAUUUCCUUCCAAAGCUUCGUUCUGGAGGAUGUGGUAAUAUGGGGUUCCGGUCAAGUAUGGAAGAUGUUUAUGUUUGCGUUGACAAUUUUAUGCAAGAGAAUGCACUCAAGAACCAUAUAGACGGACCUAGUGCUUUCUAUGGGGUAUUUGAUGGACAUGGUGGAAAGCAUGCUGCUGAUUUUGCUUGCCACCAUUUACCAAAGUUCAUUGUUCAAGAUGAUGAUUUCCCAAGUGAUAUUGAGAGGAUAAUUGCUUCAGCAUUUCUGCAAACUGACAAUGCCUUCGCAGAAGCCUGCUCUGUGGAUGCUACCCUUGCAUCUGGCACUACGGCGUUGGCUGCUCUUGUUAUUGGAAGGCAACUGGUGGUAGCAAAUGCUGGAGAUUGCCGAGCUGUGCUGUGUCGGCGUGGAAAAGCAAUUGAAAUGUCAAGAGAUCAUAAACCUGUGUGCAUGAAAGAGAAGAAGCGUAUUGAGGCAUCUGGGGGGUAUGUCUAUGAUGGAUAUCUUAAUGGACAACUCAAUGUUGCUCGUGCUAUUGGCGAUUGGCACGUGGAAGGGAUGAAAAGCCGAGGCGGGGGACCACUCAGCGCAGAACCUGAGUUUAUGAGUACAAAACUCACCGCCGAGGAUGAAUUCCUCAUAAUUGGUUGCGACGGGAUUUGGGAUGUAUUUAGGAGCCAGAAUGCAGUAGACUUUGCUCGCCGCAGGCUUCAGGAACAUAAUGACCCCACCAUGUGUAGCAAGGAUUUGGUUGAUGAGGCUUUGAAAAGAAAGAGUGGAGACAAUUUAUCUGCUGUUGUAAUUUGCUUCCAGCAACAACCUCCGCCUAACUUGGUGGUGCCGCGCUCGAGAGUGCACAGGAGCUUCUCCGCCGAAGGCUUGAGGGAGUUGCAAAGCUUCCUGGAUAACUUAGGUAAUUGAGCUUUUGAUGUUAAAUUUUCUCUUUUUUU